GCCUCUAUGCAUUCUGGGAUAGGCGAUACAGACACAACCAUGUCUAGCCAAGAAGUUGAAAAGUUUGUGCCUAAUGAUAAUAUGCAUAUGUACUGUGAUUGAAGGAUGAUAUACGUGUUUCCUAUGAACCGGUGUUUACUACUGCACUGAAGUAUACUACAUGGGCCAUAUUUUCCUGGAGUUUCUCAUACGAAGACAUAUUUCGAACGAGCGAGCUAUAUUUAGUUGGUCAUAAAUAUUGCGAGCUUGGACAACCAUAAGAGGAUAUCUUUCGUUGCUCGGGACUUAGAAUUUAUUUUGGAAUCAAAUGAAGAUAUGACACAGCAGAUGUUCCUGGCCAAGGCAUUGUAUGACAACAUUGCUGAAAGCCCUGAUGAGUUGGCCUUUAGGCGUGGAGAUGUUCUCACAGUUACAGAGUUAAACACAGGGGGAUUGGAUGGAUGGUGCCUGUGUUCACUUAGGGGCAAGCAGGGAAUUGCCCCACGCAAUAGACUGAAGAUUCUGUCUGGUAUGUCCGACUAUUCUGGAGAUGGAAGUCUGACAUCCAGCAGUAACAACUUGAUCAGUAGUCAGAGCUGGGAAACUUCACUCCAUGAGCCUGUCGGCAGUACAGAGAAAUCAUCCUCGGGUUUGUAUGAUGAACCUAACCGAAGCCUUCAAGAUUAUGACGUACCACCUUCAAGAUACUUCCCAAAGGAACAGCCUAUGAUGACUGACUUGCAGCUAAAAACCACAAACACAACAUCAUUAAAGCGGCUGUCAAGUGAUAGUAUUCAAAAUAUGCAGCACAACAAUCUUGAAUCAUCAUUCUAUGAUACUCCUCAGUCAGUGCAUCAAGUAGCUGGCAGUGAAGACAACAUGUAUGAUGUACCACAAUUACUUAUUAAGACCAGUAGUGACGAUCAUUCUAACCGCUCAAGCAUCCUUUCAAAUGCAUCUAAUGAUUCCUCACUUACAGCUGCUAGCAGUACAUCAAAUGUAAGCUCACACAGAUCUUCCACUGCUCCUAGCAUAUGUGACUCUGCUCGCUCAAGUUUGGAUGUUUCUUCUCAGGAGCUCUAUGACACUCCACCAAGAUCCACACAUUGUACAAAGCAGUUGUCUACUGAUUCAGGCCUGGAUGUUUAUGACACACCGCCAAAAGCCAAACUAGCUUCACCAGCUUCUCUUAUUGAAGAUUAUGAUUUUCCCAAAGGGAAGAAAAUAGACUUUGGGUUACCUAAGGUACCUUCAUCAAAUCAACACCAUACAGAGAAUAGUAAGAGCAAGGAACAUGCCAUUGAUGAUGUUUAUGAUGUUCCUAGAAACAAUGCCCCUCGAGUUCAAAUGAAAACGUGUGGUGGGAAGGUCUCAUUUAUUUCAUCCAUGGAUUCACCAGUGGCACCAAAUGAACCAGUUUGUGUUUAUGAUAUUCCACCACAAGUUACCAGGGAUUCAGUUAUUUCAGCUCGCUCUGAUUCUUCAGAAGAAGGUCAGAGAUUGUCCACUUGUAGCAUUGACUCAAGAGGGUCUUUUACUGAGAUACCUACUUAUGAUGAAUUGCCACUUGAAAUGGAUGCAGCUCUAGAAUUCUUGACAAGGUUACAGCAGGAUAUACAGAAAACUACCAGCAAGUUUUUAGGAUUUGUAAGCAGCACAUGGCGAAAGAAGGAGAGUUUACAAACUAAACUGUAUGAAAUAAAAAUUGCUGUAACGGGGGUGAAGAACUCUCUUGCAGAAUAUAUAAAGUUUUCACAAGGUACAUUAGCAAAUGCCAGUAAACUACCUGACAGGAAGUUGGUGAACAAACUGUACAAGCAACUCAAUCCUCUGCAAAAUAGUUUUCAGCUCAUUUCAGGUGCACUGAAGAAUCUGGAUGAAGUGAAGUGGCAGACUGACAUUUUAGCUGAGCCUUUGGAUUCAUCUAAAUCUGAUGAUUUAGGACAAAUUGCAACUUUAUGCAAAGAUUUAAGUAGCAAUGCAAGAAAACUUGCUUCUCUAAUUCAAGGCAAGUCAACAUUAUUGUUCCCAAGAACUCAAGAUCUUAAUAGGUCCUCAGAGGUGUCUAUCUCAUCUGAUGACUCAGCUGCUGCCAAACCUCCAAUUGGACCAAAGUCAGAAGCAGGAAGUAAACAAAGGGCUAAGAUGGUUCAACAACGACCAUUGCCGCCCCCACCUACAUCGGAAAGACCCCUUCCACCAACACCACUGGAAGAUCAAAUGAACUCUCUACGCCUGAGAUUUCAGGAAAAGGGAGAUAACUAUGUAAAUGAAGAUGCUGAGAAAGAGGACAUUUAUGCCAAUGACUCAAGUGAAUGGGUCAGAGAGUAUGACUAUGUUCACUUAGAAUCAAGAGACAUUGCUGCUCAAUUGAAAGCAAAGGAAGAAAGGGUUCAGAGUUUUGAGAAGGAUGGAUCACCUUCUGAAUCAGAACAUGAACAUAGCAAAGAUAGCAGUGAGGAUCCAUAUGAAUUGAAACUUGAAGCUGAUUUGGAGGAACUUGACAACUCAAAGCAAGAUAUCAUUGAUAAUGCUUCAUUUGACAUUGACAAUUUACUUGAACAGGAUGUUAAAACCCCUGUGAAUGCAAACACAGACAGUGACAUGUUUCUGUUAGAUAAGGAAGAAGCAGUCAAGAUGGAAACUGAGCAACUGGAUCCAAAUGACAAACAAGUGUUAGUCUUCUAUUCUGGACAGAUGGAAACGCAUUCCACCCUUCUAACAAAUGCCUUAGAUGCCUUUUUUUGCUGUGUUGAAAGCAAUGAACCUCCCAAAGUAUUUAUUUCCCACAGCAAAUUUGUGAUAGUGUCCGCUCAUAAACUUGUUUACAUUGGUGACACACUGCAUCGAAAUAUCAUGCAUACCAUCGUGAAAAACAAAAUUAUGAAAUGUGCUAAUCAACUGUGUGACUGUUUAAAACAAUCUGUUAGUGCUACAAAGCUAGCUGCCCUUCAGUAUCCUUCAGUGCCUGCAGUACAGGAAAUGGUUGAUCGUGUAGUUGAAGUGUCAAAGGCAGCUCAUAAUCUGAAGGUUGUCAUUUCACAGGCUUCUUCCUUGUAGCUGUGUUAAAUAUACACCAUUCAGCUAUAAGUAUUGUCUUCCAUUGCAGAAAGAUUUUUUGCCAACACCACUGGUCAGAAACCAAAGAUAUGAUUAGGGAAUCCAUCCAAAAUGUAUGUAUUGUAUGCUUUUAAGCAGUCUUUUAAAGGCCUUUCAGAGCUGGGAAAUAGCAUGUGUUAUUGAAAAGUUUUGCCUCUAUUUUUUGUGGUGCACUACCAGUCUCCCUAUUUUUGGUAUGGGCAAAAUAUGAAAAAAAGAAUAGACCACUUUUGAAAAAUUUGCAUUUGAUAUUAGGGACAAGUGCAUUCCCUUUUUUGGCAAAAGUAUUAGCAUCUGAAUAGUUUGUCAAAAGGAUAGGAAGUCUGUCUGAAGGAACACUGCAUAUGUCUAAUAAUACAUUUCUUCCCUACAACUGAGUUGUUAAUGUAUAUCUUUCAAUUGGAUUUGUUUUUUAGAUCAGUAAUAGGUAAAUCUGGAUGUAUUAUCUCAUUUUUGUCAAUUUAACGUACAGUUUUCCUUCAGACAAUCUCCAAAAUACUUUUCCUGUCAUGUGUAAUUAGUUUAACAGGAUUUUCCUCAGUCAAAAUAUUCUUCACAUGCCAUGAUGGAUUAGGUGUAACUUCGCAGUUGCGAGCAUGCAAUUUAUGAAAUAAAUAAAUGUCUCAGUAGCCAUGGCAACAGUAACAUUUAUUGUUGUCAUACUGACAGGAGAAGCCUACUGUUGUUGCUGCAAUCUUAGGGGUUGGUAGCUUCAUACAUGGGUCAAGUUUUUCGAGCCAUUUCCCUAUGUCCCAAUCAUGAACUAAAACUAUAUUUAAUGUAAAACAAAUAUCUAGCUAUAUUAGGAAAGUUAAUAUAGAUGUUACUCCGGAGAGAGAUUGAAAUGUUUAGUAUGAAGUUUCUCUUGAAUAGAGCUUUGCUCAAUUUGGACUUACUGGGAAGGAAUGUUUGUGUGAGCUUUUGUUACACGUUGUUGCCCUUCAUCAGCAUAACAGUACUAGUAAGUUUGUAGAAUCAUACAUGGCUUAACAAGUAAGUUAAUCCAAUUCAAUUCCCUCCAAGUUACAGUCAAGCAGUAGUAUUGUUUCUGAUUGUGAAAUGUGCCUUCAAUUAGUCUCUGUUAAUGACACAUCUAUCUGAUCAUAAUUGUCCAACAAGGAAAGUUGAGACACUGCGUAUCAGAGAGGAUACUGAUCUUAAGUUUAAGGUCUUUAGUUUACGUUGCAUAAACUGAUAAUCAAAGGUAUGAAAGAACAUAAUGUUUUAUGUGAUGUGCAUGUUGGCUGUAUAAUCCUAAUGUUGAUGCAGAAUAUGAGAUUAUCUGACUUGAUUCACUGAAUCAUUAUAGGCACUGGUUUGCCUAUGACUUGUCUUCUGCCUGAAGGGUCAUGAAACCAUGUCAACUUUAGAGCCAACCAAAUGUCUUGGUUCAGUUUCUUCAGUCAAGGCUGUAAUUGAAAAAUGAAAAUUUUCAUGAACAUAUUUGUUAGCAUGAAGAGGGAAAAACUAUAUCACAUUGCUGUGGGUGGGCAAAGGGGAGAUAACAAAGUUUGUUCAUGAAUUAAGAUUACUUUGUGUUCUUUCUCUUGUAAACGUAUCUGGAAAUAGCUGUGCACACAUUUUCUCACAGAUCUAUGAUUCUGUAAAAAAAAUAUCCAGUUACAUAGAAUUAUGAAGCAGUGGUCAGGGAAAAUGGUACCCGAAACUAAUAUUUUACCAUAAAUGAUAUAUUAUUAUCACGAUAUUUUAGUUGCAGUAUUCACUUCAUGUGGUUAAAAUUAUGACAUAAUAUUAUGGUAGGUGUACCACUGUGUUAAACUGAGGUAAAUAAUUUCGGUAAUGAACAGUUUGAUCAAGUCACUGUUUGGGCCUUCAUCCAGUUUUGGGGGCAGUGGGGUAGCCUUGUGGUUAAAGUGUCCGCUCGUCACGCCAAAGACCCGAGUUCAAUUCCCCACAUGGGUUCAAUGUGUGAAGCCCAUUUCUGGCGUCCCAUGCCGUGAUAUUGCUGGAGUAUUGCUAAAAGCGGCGUAAAACCAAACUCACUAACUCGUCCUGUUUGAUCAUCAAAAACAAUGUGUUGACAUAAUAGUCUUAACAAAAAACAAAUAUGUUUAACUUGUAUGGUAUUUCCAGUGUUACUUGCUUGAGGUAGUCUAAUGACUUUGUGUAGGAGGAAAAAGAACCAUCAAAAUGUUGUGCACUCUCUUCACAGCUUUUAUUUGUUUUCUGACUGACAGUCUUCUUCAUAUAAGCUUAUGUUUUAGGAAUUUUUUUAAUGGAUUUUUAACAGAUGCCAUGACCUUGAUGGGAUGGAAAAAUAUGAAACAAAAGUGCAUGUGAAGGAAAGCUAGGAACCAGACAUUGUAAGAAUCAUGCUCAUGCAUGCCAACAUUUUGUACAAAUACUUUAUGGUACUAUUUAUUGACAUAUUUUGGCUCUUACUAUGGUUAAAAUGUGUGGUGUAAAUGGAUGUGUACUCCUAUGUACAUACAAAUACAUUCAUAUCAUGCAACAGUCUAAGUCGACAUGGUUAUUGUGUAAAUAUCAUUCAUGACUACGUUUGGCUUUGAUCUCUUAAUGUUAUGCAGAGUUAAAGUGAAUAGUUAGUUCACAAAUUCUGGUGCUACUAACUUUUUCAGGGAAGGUCCCAGAGUACAAAUACAUGUAUAAUCAAGAUCAUCAGUUUGCAUGUAACUGAUAUCGCAUCAACAUAAUGUUACUACCAAAAGCUGCUUCUGCUUUGCAUACAAUAAUAUAUGAAUGAAUAAAAUCAUGAAAUUUC